GGGGUGCAGUCACAGCUGGAGGGAUAAUAAGAUGCGCAUGAGCUAGCUAACUGGCUGUGGAUAGAAGAGAAAGUUUUUUUGAAGGGGGGGAGAACUUUGGGAUAUUUGACUGGGUAUCCGCUUAUAUAUUGAUUUUUAUACAUAUUUUCAGUUUUAAAGUUCCGGCAGAAGUUUUUUUUCUUGCUAACUGCACUGUGAAUUAACUCUUCAUUUCUCGUUUUCUGGUGUUGCUUGAAUUUAGAAGUUUUUGCAGUACUUUUGCCAGGGUUGUAAAAACCGCCUUCUUGAAAAAGCGGAGAUUUCCGGCGAUUGAAGAAGAACGUCGACUGACAGUGGACUACAACUGGCAAAAAGUGGACUACAUACAGCAAGAAACAUUUCCAAAGAAUGGCCUUAAUCUAAUCGAGCUUUGGGAGCAAUACAGCCGCCUUCAGCAGAGGACGUGGAAGAGACGAAACAGCAUUCAAUUUCUUUUAUUAGGGAUCAUUUUUAUUUAUUGGCUUUAAGCGCUUUGCGAGCUCAAUCCGAGGAUGAAGUCGGAAUCAACAGGCGUUUCCCGCUGACUCGAAAGCCACGUUUCUGUAUAACUUCAGGCGCCCCAUUUUAGGAUACCGCAUAUCUUUUCCGAAAUGUCCCCCUACCCGAGAAAUCGGGGUUGAUGAUCAUUUAUCUGGGAGGUGCUGUAUUCGGUCACUCCAGGCUGCGAGAUGGAGAAAACGAUACAGCGGCGUAAUAUUUGUUGGUAAUACUUUGGUCACCUUUUCGGGACGCUGGACGGUUGAUAUAUACAUAUAUAUAUAUUUUGCACAGUGAGCAUCUCGGUAAUCGGAGGACACCCCAAUGUCUACCUGCAGCAGCUCGUCUCCUUCGCCCUUGCCUAAAGCGUACCCUCAUCCUCAGCAUCCCGCUGCACCGCCGACCCCGUCGCCGUCCCCCAGCCCCCCAGCGCCCUUCUGCAGGCUCUCUAACGGAAGCCUGAGUGCCCCGAGUCCCACCAACUCCCGAGGCUCCUUUCACGGCGUCUCCUUCCUCCUCCAGAUCGGACUCACCCGGGAGACGGUUAACCUGGAAGCGCAUGAUCUAUCGCUGUCUGCCGUCAAAGAUCUUGUCUGUUCGAUAGUGGACCAGAAGUUCCCGGAGUGCGGCUUCUUCGGCCUCUACGACAAGAUCCUGCUGUUCCGGCAUGACCUGAGCUCCGACAAUGUGCUGCAGCGACUGACAUCGGCUGAGGAUAUCCACGAGGGGGACCUGAUUGAGGUCGUCCUCUCUGCUCUCGCUACUGUCGAGGACUUCCAGAUCCGGCCCCAUGCCCUGUUUGUGCACUCGUACAAGGCCCCCACCUUUUGUGACUACUGUGGGGAGAUGCUGUGGGGUCUAGUUCGUCAGGGUCUCAAAUGUGAAGGAUGUGGGCUCAACUACCACAAACGCUGCGCCUUUAAGAUCCCAAACAACUGCAGCGGGGUACGGAAGCGCCGCCUGUCCAACGUGUCCCUGCCAGGGCCUUCGCUGUCGGUCCCUCGGCCCACUCCAGCCAAACAUGUUGCCGUGGCACAGGAGGAGCAACGGUCGCACCAGGAGGCGGGGAAGCGCAUCCCGUCGUGGAGCGGCAGGCCUAUCUGGAUGGAGAAGAUGGUCCUGGGUCGGGUGAAGGUGCCCCACACUUUUGUGGUGCAUUCAUACACACGGCCCACUAUCUGCCAGUACUGCAAAUGCCUGUUGAAGGGGCUCUUUCGCCAGGGCAUGCAGUGCAAAGAUUGCAAGUUUAACUGUCACAAGCGGUGUGCAUCAAAAGUACCCAGAGACUGUCUUGGUGAAGUUGUGUUCAAUGGAGAGCCAGCAAGCCCAGGGCCGGACUCUGAUACCACCAUGGAGGUGGACAGCAACGACAUGAACAGCGAUGGCAACCGAGGCUUAGAUGACCCUGAGGAGCCCUCCACUCCAGAGGAGAAGAUCUUCUUCAUGGACUCCCCCUAUCUCGAUGGAGAGAAGGACGAGGAGCCGGUGAAGACCAUCAGCCCCUCAACCAGCAGUAACAUCCCCCUGAUGCGAGUGGUGCAGUCCGUCAAGCACACCAAGAGAAGGAGCUCCACCGUGGUGCGGGAGGGCUGGAUGGUACACUAUACCAGCAGAGACAACCUGAGGAAGAGGCAUUACUGGCGGCUAGACAGCAAGAGCCUGACGCUCUUUCAGAAUGACACUGCAGCCAAAUACUACAAGGAGAUUCCCCUGUCAGAGAUCCUGCAGGUGGAAGCCGCGAAGGACUUCAGCAGCCUGGCCCAGGGCAGCAAUCCCCACUGCUUCGAGAUCAUCACCGACACCAUGGUGUACUAUGUGGGCGAGACCGGCGGUGGACAGUACCACAACCCAGCGCUGGCUGCCUCGGGGGUGGGCCCGGACGUGGCCCAGGGCUGGGAGAGGGCCAUCCGACAGGCACUGAUGCCCGUCACCCCCCAGCCCAGCGUGUGCACGACGGCGGGACAGGGCAAGGACCACAAAGAGUUGUCCAUCAGCAUAUCCGUGUCUAACUGCCAGAUUCAGGAGAAUGUGGAUAUCAGCUCAGUCUACCAGAUCUUUGCGGAUGAGGUUCUGGGGUCUGGACAGUUCGGGAUAGUAUAUGGAGGCAAGCACAGGAAGACGGGGAGAGACGUGGCCAUCAAGGUCAUCGACAAAAUGAGGUUCCCCACCAAGCAGGAGAGCCAGCUGAGAAACGAGGUCGCCAUCCUGCAGAACCUGCACCACCCCGGCAUCGUAAACCUAGAGUGCAUGUUCGAGACGCCAGAGAGGGUCUUCGUAGUCAUGGAGAAGCUCCACGGCGACAUGUUGGAGAUGAUCCUGUCCAGCGAGAAGAGCAAGUUGCCAGAGCGAAUAACCAAGUUCCUGGUCACGCAGAUCCUGGUGGCUCUAAGACACCUGCAUUUCAAGAACAUCGUACACUGUGACCUGAAGCCAGAAAAUGUGCUCCUGGCAUCGGCCGAGCCCUUUCCUCAGGUGAAGCUGUGCGACUUCGGCUUCGCUCGCAUCAUCGGCGAGAAGUCAUUCCGCCGCUCUGUGGUCGGCACGCCAGCCUACCUGGCACCUGAGGUUCUACGCAGCAAAGGCUACAACCGCUCACUGGACAUGUGGUCCGUGGGCGUCAUCAUUUACGUGAGCCUGAGCGGCACUUUCCCCUUCAACGAAGACGAGGACAUCAAUGACCAGAUCCAGAACGCGGCCUUCAUGUACCCACCCACUCCCUGGAAGGAAAUUUCCAGAGAAGCUACUGAUCUGAUCAACAACCUUCUGCAAGUGAAAAUGAGAAAACGUUACAGCGUGGACAAGUCUCUCAGUCACCCCUGGCUGCAGGACUAUCAGACAUGGCUGGACCUCAGGGAGUUCGAGACACGCAGGGGGGAGCGCUACAUCACCCAUGAGAGUGAUGAUGCGCGGUGGGAGGAGUACGCCGAUGAGCACAACCUGCCUUAUCCAAAACACUUCAUCAUGGCGCCCAACCUUGAUGACAUGGACGAGGACCCCUAGAGGCGGGAGGACUGCCUGUCGCAAGCGCCAGGGAGGUAGAUAUAGGACAACACUCCUGUGAAAUAUGAUUGGAGUUGUUCCCUUCACCAGAAACCAGCUAAUGGAGAGUGUGGGAUUUGAGCUGGAGCAACGAAGGGGGGCAGGCUUGGACGAACCGGGCCAGAACAUGCAGUACCACAUGACACAGACAGGUGGCACUGUGUAGGUGCUUUAGCAGUGUGGCACUGUGGGGGAACAAUGAACCCGUUACUGACUAGUGACAUUAAUUUUCAGGGCUUUCCUCUUUUCCCCAUUUUUAAACAAUUCCUGACAUUCCGGGAGAGGUUCUCGUCACCUCCAGUAGACUACAAAAAAAAUAAUACCGGUAACUUUGAAAGUUUCGCUCGAAACUUGAGUCAUAUUUGUUGUGUGUGGGAGCGCUCGGUAACCGAAACUGGACGCUCGUUCAACCCAGAGAAGGGCUAAAUCCAGGAGCAAACCGAAGAUUAAAAGCACGUCGUGCAAGGGCUGUUUUCAUAAAGAUGUUUUUAAAAACCUCUGCAUUAGUAGGUUCAUUUUUCCUUAAGCUAAAAGUGCUAUUUUUGUUUUCAAAAGAGCCGUUUCUCUUGAAUGAUUGUGUUGAUUGGCGUUUAACUGGAACAUGUACUAUGAAUGCGGUUGGCAUUUAUGUUGCUUUUCUGAACCAUGGCUCGAUUAUCUGGUGUUCGACUGACCCCAGCUUGUGGACAAAGACGUUGGAGAAAUCAAAAGCUGCUACCCAGAUGAUAUGUGUCCCUAAAAACAAUUGGGGGUGGGUGGGGUUAACAGUUACUUUAGUUAUUUAUUCCAAAGUGUAUCAAUGUGGCAAACGUGAACGUGUUUCCUGUUAACCUGUUUGUUGAAAUGACAUUUUGUGAUGGAUAUUAAUGGUGGCGUUAUUUUCAGCAAGAGUGACAUUUUCAAGUGUCCCGUGUGUGACAUUUCUCCUCUCCUGUGUUUUUUGUAAUAUCGUUGUAAUAUUUUGAUAUAUACCAGCCAUGCCAGUUAACCCAGCUGAAACUGGCCGUAUUAUACAGAAAUGCAGUUGAAAGACCUCAAUUUUUAAAAACUGUUAUAAUUACUGAGAACCGAAAUACGUGUGGCACAAGGGGUUUCUUGUUACUAAAAUGCCAUUUUAAGAUUCUCUUUUAUUUUUUUCAGUUUACUGACCACCCAUCUAAAUCUAAAUCUUUUCAUUUCUAAUUGCCACUUGUCUCUUAGAACAAUCCCCAGUGGCUUACAGCGUUAGCUGUUAUUUUUUUAAUCAUCCACCCCCAAUCUGUGAUGCUAUCAAAGAGUUGUGUGUUUACAAGAGGGGAGCAGAAGGAAACAGUUUGUAGGGUGUGCUUAAUCCAUGGAGCCCCACGUGACGGCCGGGGUAUCCCACAAUGCACUGUGGGGACUCUGGAUCGAGGGGGCUGGCAGAGGAGAAGUCUGAGUCUCAGGGACAUCAGUGAUCUUGGGUCCUAAAUCUGAAUCGGGAUCCACCGGUACUGAUGUAACAGAGAUGAAGACUUGAGAUCAAAACACUCUGUUUAGACAACUUCCUCAUGGCUAAUGAGCCAGAGCAAAGGAACACAAAACCCUUCAUUUCUACAAACUGUGUCAGGAAGCACCUUCUCCCUGCAGGAUUCUCCAUUUUCUAUUUUUAUUAAGCAGCAUCAUCUAACGUGAACGAGAACUAGAAGAUUGAUGCACUCUAAAUCUGGACUGGAGCUUGUGUACGGUGGUCAGCGGGUGGCAUUCUGGAACAUUCCGAUUGUGUGCAUGCAUGGGUUUGCUCAGGCCUUUCAGAUGCUUAUUAUUAUUUAUGUUAUUAUUAUUUUUUACCUUCUUGGAAAGUGCAAUCCAAAGAAAAGGACUCAGGCCCUGUAGAGCCUGUAGGUCUCUGUUCAGUACAUUCCUCACCGGCUCUCUCUGCUGACACGCUGUCUUGCAGCCUUAAUAAACACGUGGAGUGGGGUGCACUGUUGUUGCCGUAGCGCAGAUGCCGCCAGUGGAGAGCCUCGUGUUGCGUGAGCAAUUCCAAACGUCGCCAUUUUGAGCAAAAAAAGGUUCCGUCUCAAACGUGACACUUCCCGAACAUUGUGUGUCUGUGUGUUGCACAACGAGCCGCUCUGAAAUACCCAUCAUCCAGCACCUUCUGCGUCUGAGUCCAGCAAGUUUCACGCUGCCUGCAGACCUAAGGGGAGGACGGGAGGAGUCUGAGCGGCUGGUAACAUUCACACGAGCCGGCGACCGCACAAACCGACGCCCAUGCCUUAAAGAAGGAUUCUCGACAUGUGUGACUGCUGUCACCUACUCGGUCACAGCUGACAGCACCUGGGCUGGACCCUGCCCCGGGUCACCAACAGAGCAUAAAUGUGGCACCUGCUUGGCCCACGCCUCGAUCGGCACGUGGAGCGGGGAGCAGAAUCUAUCUCACAAUCAUGGACAGGCCUUCUGUGUUGCCACUGGACUGACAGGGGUCAGUGUCUGUAUAGUUUAGUGCCUACAGAUUUAAUAAAAGAUGUGUACCUGUAACAUCA